CAAAAUUCGAUCCAAAACCAAAUCCGCCAUUACUCUCUCUCUCUCUCUCUCUCUCUCUCUCUCUCUCACUUCCCACAUUCAUGCCAGCAAUGCCAGGUCUCGUCUCCGUCAAAACUCCAGCCGAUACACCGCCGCUACGUGUAGCCGUACCAGACACGCAACCUCUCUCAAACCCGCCGCGAACUCCGAUGAAGAAGACUCCUUCCUCUACACCAUCUCGAUCCAAACCAUCACCAGGUAGAUCCACCGGCAAAAAAGAUUCCCCAACCGUAUCUUCCUCCGCCGCAGCCGCCGCCGUAAUCGACGUCGACGAUCCAUCUCUAGAUAAUCCAGAUCUCGGUCCUUUCCUUCUCAAAUUAGCUCGUGACGCUAUUGCUUCUGGUGAAGGUCCUAAUAAAGCAUUAGAUUACGCGAUCCGAGCAACUAAAUCGUUUGAGAGAUGUUGCGCCGCCGUUGCUCCGCCUAUUCCCGGCGGUAGCGAUGGUGGACCUGUUCUUGACCUAGCUAUGAGUCUUCAUGUUCUCGCUGCUAUUUACUGUAGUCUCGGUCGAUUCGAUGAAGCAGUACCACCUCUUGAGCGAGCUAUUCAGGUCCCUGACCCGACUCGUGGUCCUGACCACUCUCUCGCUGCGUUUUCUGGUCAUAUGCAACUUGGUGAUACGUUGUCUAUGCUUGGUCAAAUCGAUAGAUCUAUUGCUUGUUAUGAAGAAGGUCUUAAGAUCCAGAUCCAGACUUUAGGCGAUACAGAUCCACGAGUUGGAGAAACUUGCAGGUACUUAGCAGAAGCAUAUGUUCAGGCAAUGCAAUUCAAUAAAGCGGAAGAGUUAUGCAAGAAAACUCUAGAGAUUCACCGAGCGCAUAGUGAACCUGCCUCGCUGGAGGAGGCAGCUGAUAGGAGGCUGAUGGCAAUCAUCUGUGAGGCUAAAGGAGAUUAUGAAAACGCGCUUGAGCACCUUGUUCUUGCUAGUAUGGCUAUGAUUGCGAGUGGACAAGAGUCUGAGGUUGCAUCGAUUGAUGUUAGUAUUGGGAAUAUUUACAUGUCGCUGUGCCGGUUUGAUGAAGCUGUGUUCUCUUAUCAGAAGGCUCUCACUGUGUUUAAGGCUUCUAAAGGAGAGACUCAUCCAACGGUUGCAUCAGUGUUUGUUAGAUUGGCUGAGCUUUACCAUAGAACAGGGAAACUCCGUGAGUCUAAGUCUUACUGUGAGAAUGCGUUGAGGAUAUACAACAAGCCAGUGCCUGGGACAACUGUGGAGGAGAUUGCUGGUGGAUUAACUGAGAUUUCUGCUAUUUAUGAGUCUGUGGAUGAACCUGAGGAAGCAUUGAAGUUACUUCAGAAGUCGAUGAAAUUGCUUGAGGAUAAACCAGGACAGCAGAGCGCCAUUGCAGGAUUAGAGGCACGGAUGGGAGUUAUGUAUUACACAUUGGGGAGGUACGAGGACGCAAGAAACGCGUUUGAGAGUGCUGUGACAAAGCUACGGGCAGCAGGUGAGAAAUCUGCCUUCUUCGGUGUUGUAUUAAACCAGAUGGGACUAGCCUGCGUUCAGCUUUUCAAGAUUGAUGAGGCGGGUGAGCUGUUUGAAGAAGCAAGAGGUAUUCUUGAACAAGAACGUGGACCAUGCGAUCAAGACACUCUCGGCGUUUACAGCAAUUUGGCUGCCACCUAUGACGCCAUGGGAAGGAUAGAGGAUGCGAUUGAGAUAUUAGAGCAGGUUCUGAAGCUGAGAGAGGAGAAGCUCGGGACUGCGAAUCCGGAUUUUGAGGACGAGAAGAAACGUUUAGCCGAGCUUUUGAAGGAAGCUGGGCGGUCGCGGAACUACAAAGCCAAGUCGCUCCAGAAUCUGAUUGAUCCAAACGCAAGACCUCCAAAGAAAGAGUCUUCUGCUAAGAAAUGGCCCAGCCUCGGUUUCAAGUUCUGAGAAAAAAAGUAUCAUAUAUAAUAAAUCAUCCACAUAUAU